GCCAGGUGACGUUGGCCCGUUUGAGCUUGGCAGAUGGCGGGCGCCUGUCGGUGCGGGACGCGGGAUAGUGGCGGCAGCGCCUCCUCCUCCCGACGCGCUCACAACAGGCCGAACUAGGGCAACCGUCGCUGCCCCUUUGCAGGGCAGCUCACGAUCCAGAGCCUGCGCUGCAGUCAAACCGUGUGAGAGCAGCAGCCACGCCCCUCUUCAAAGGCCCAGCCGCCGCAUUUUAACAGAUACUGGGCGACUCUCCGAACUGGUGCAGUUCUCGUCCUGAUGCAGCACUGCAGCCUGAGGAGUUUGCCAUCCACUGCAAAGACAGGACACCGUCACAGAGAGAACAUACAAACAGUACACAAGGCAUUCACAGUAAAUACAAAGAAACCCAAUAGAAACAAUGAAAAACUACACACACCAAAGAUGGACAACUAAUGUGCAAAAUGCAAAAAAAAACUAAUUAUAACAAAUGUCGAGAACAUGAGUUGUAGAGUCCUCGAAGCUAUCAGGCUAACAAUCAGUGGGUAGCAAUGGAAGACUAUGAGGAGUUCUGCAAGAGGCAUUUAGCCAGGAUUCAAUCAGAAAUGAUAAAACAUGAAAUUUCACAAUCAGUCUACCAGAAGAACAACUCUGUUAUUCAUUUUCAUGGAAUAGCUGUACUUUCUCCUUUGAUGAAGACUGAAAGAAAACUGGAAAUGCAGCAGUACAGACAAAAGGCUAUGGAGUUGGAGCUAGGUCAGUACAAAGCAAGAAAAAGUGCCUUACUUACCCGUGUGGAAGAAAUUAUUGAAAAUAUACAGGUAUGUAAAGUGCCAAGUAAUGCUGAAUGUGCAAGUGAAUUCAAAACAAUACAACAUGUUAACCAUUCUUCAGUUUCACCAACGUCUACUAAAAAAUCAGAGGAUCUUGAUCAAUCAUCUCAGUCAUUGUUGGAGUUAAAGGAGAAUAGUUCCAGUGGAAUUUCUGAUGAAAGAUGUACUCAAAUAAGUGAGCUUUCCAGAUCAAUCUGUAGUGUUCAAACUAACGGCACUAGUUCAGUAUUUGUGAGCACUACAAAAGAAUCAGAGACUGAUGUACUGCCACCUGAAAAGGAAUCUCCUGAUCACUAUGCAAUGAGUCUCCAGAACCUGCUUAAAAAGUCAAGGGAAUACAUAGAGAGAGAACAAAAUCGACGUAAUGGGAAAAACGUUUGCAAGGAUGGUACAAAUGAAAGCAAUUCAGAUAAAGAAAAUGAAGGUAUUAAAGUCAAUGACUUGGAAAACGAAAGAAACAAAAUUUCUAAAAGUCAGAGUCCUGUUGUAGUUGAUAAAUCAAGCAGUACAAGGUCACCUUUACAAUCACAAGUUGCUUCUAUGAUAAAUGAAAGCUUUAAAUUGCCUGAUAAAACAGCACUUAGCACAUCUACUUCAGAUUUACCUGCAAAUUCAGAUUUAGCAGCCAAAUCAAGGAAAGGCUCAUCUAAAGAAUUUGAGUCAGAUGAGGAAUGGAUAAACAGCUCGGGAUGUAAAUAUGAAACUAGUUUGUUUAAAAGCCUAACAGGAUCUUAUGCCAAACUGCCCAAUCCUGAACCAAGUCGUAGUCCUAAAAUACACCAAAGACGUCCCAGAACUUCAACCAAUAUUGUAAUUAAUAAUCCAGUGAAUGCUUAUGACCUAAGCCCAAAAGAAAAAUUCAGUGGCCUACCUGGGACUAAUCAUGGUCAAAUAAAUAUUGGUGGCCUUGAUGUAAGAAGAGCUAUUCCAAAUGAGCUUCGAGCAAUUGCCGAUCAAGAAGAAAUUGAAAGAAGUGUUGCAAAACUACAAGAUCUUUCAUUGUCUUUGGGAAAGAUAAAUGAUAUAGUUACAAAAAAUAAUCCACAGUAUAUCUGCUCAGAAUUUUCUGAAAAGUCUGAACUAAGUAAGAUUAGAAAUAUGGUCGAUAAUGAAGUUAAUUUGCCAACAAGGAGCUUAAUUCAUAAAGAUUCAUAUGAUUUGGAAAGGACUCCUUCAUUACUUGCAAGUGGACUAGAAAUAAGUCAGCUAUCAACAGCCCAGAAUGAACUUAAUCUCAGUGGCCAAAAGACUAGCAGCCUGAUUGAAAAGGCUAAACAAGGUUCACCUGUUAUUCUUAAUCAAUCCUAUGAUGUCAAACAUCCAUCUCCAGUGCUAUUGCAAGCCCAUAAUACAAGGCAACAAACUGAUUUCUUGCUUGGAUCUUUCGAAAGUGAAGCGAGUCCACAAAGCAACAUGGACAUUAAAGUCAAACGCAAGUUGGUUCUGGAAAGCAAACAAUCUGCUGCAAAAACUACAGCCUCAUCUCUCCAGGAGCUGAAUAUGUUGAUUCAAGAAAGGCAUCAUAGAGUUCCUAUAACCAGGAAGGAAAAUGAAGUGCCCUUAAAUAACCACAUCAAGACAGUAGAUGAGGAGAUCAUCACAAAACAUAUGAUGGCUUUUGUAGAAAUGCGAAAGCAACUGGAAGAGCAACACACCUUACAGCUCUCUAUGCUAAUAGCUGAACAAGAGAAGGAGCAGGAAAAGCUGCGAAGGGAAAUAGAAGAACAAGAAAGGCGACUGAGAGAGCAAACAAGUUUUAUGAGGGAAUCUUCUGAAAGUUGUUCAAGUAAAGAAACCUCCUUAGAUUGGAAGAGAAUAAGUGGAAACUAUUUUGUGUCUUCCCUGGUAAACAGAAUGGAUGGCAGUCACUCUGUGCUCACCAGCAAUUCGAUACGUGCUGACUCUUCCUUCAGUCGUUGGGGACUUGGGGAUGAUGAAGUGCAGUCCUCCAACUUCAUUGGCAGACUGAGGAAUAGGUGGUUACAGAUGAAUGCACCAGAAAUCCAUCAAAAAUUUAAUAAGAUUACAGCUCUGGCAAAAGGAUUUCUAACUCGAAGACUGAUGAAAACAGUGAAAUUAAAACAGCUUCAGCAGACUGUAAAAGAUACCAUGGAGUUUAUAAAUAACUUUCAGACAGAAGCACCCUUGAAAAGAGGUGCAGUUUCAUCACAAGAUAUUUCACUGCAGGAAAGAGUUGUUGCUCAGUUGCGAGCUGCACUUUAUGAGAUACAUGACAUUUUCUUUGUAUUAAGUCCUAAUGAGAGAAUGCAGAUCCUAUCUCAAGAUCGGGAAAUUCGUAAAGAAAAACAGCUGAGACAAAUGGAGAAAUGGAAGAGUCCUAAAGAAAAAAUAGCCCUUUCAAUUGCAACACAGAAAUCUUUAGACAGGAAAAGGCAAAUUAAAGCUGCUGAAAUGGGAAUACAUAGUAAACAAAAGCCACAAGGAAAACAAAAAGCUUCAUGUGAAACCAGAAUUCUUCAACCAAGUCAAGGACAGAACGCCCCAGUUCAAAGGCUACUACACAGACAAGGAGUCCACACUUCUAAAAAGGGGGUGGAACAGAAUAGAGAGAGGGACACAGAAAGCAGAUUUCCUAGGAAAACUGGUCCAGGAGAAACCAUGGCCCCUGUAACCAUAUUCUGAAGUCUGAAUGGAGAAAUGCUGUUUUUAUACAGAAAUAUGAUAAUCGAUCCAGCCCAAGCAAAUCAACUGUGUAUGUUCAAAUUCCUUACUUUCAAGAUUAAUUGCUGUUCAGAAUACAGAUGUUAAAAAUCAAUAGAAAUUACAAGCUAACAACUAAUGAUACUUUGAAGUUAGUAAUUGUCCCUUAGUUGGUGUGUAUGCCCCUUGCAUCCAUCUGUUAUAUUCUUAUUUUGUGCCAGUAAGCUAAUUUGCUCUGGUAACUUGCUGUAAAGAGGGAAGCUAUGCUCUUCAAAGACCUCUCUUGCUUGGGCUGUCAGCACUCGAUCUGCAAUCUGUCUUUGCCUGGACAUUGUUAACCCUUGUGUGGCUGCAACUUGCACACCUGCUUUUGGCCUGUCUUCCUCCUUUCCUAUCUAAGUACUGGUCUAAGUGACUUUCUAAAUUGUAAUUAUAUCUCCAGUAAAGCCCACCUUUUUGGGCAACAUCCAGGUGAAUCUCUUCUGUGCUCGUUCUAUCACUGCCAAAUCUAUCCUGUAGUGUGGCAACCAGUAUAGUUCACAGUACCCCAAGUGCAGUAUGACUAAUUUUGAAUCUAGACUGAGUUGUAGAACAGUAAUCAAACUGGGAUUUUGCUGAAUUAUUGGAAUUGUUUUUUAUCAGUUGCAGAAUGUAACAAAAUCCCUUGUGGAAUUUCUAUGACACACAGAUUUUUAUUCUGAUGCAUGAUUGGAUUUACUGUAGCUUUUCAAUGCUCUUAUUAGUUACGUAUUUCAUCUUGGCCUUUAAUUCUGUGAUCUACUGAUGGUCAGUCAUUACUGCUGAAUCAACCUAGUCUUAAGCUCUGAGAUGCACAGAUAUCAUUUCUGUAUUUUACUUGAACAAAACUUGAGGGAUUAUUAAUUCAAUUUUAUUUUUGUGUUGGUUUUUAAAGGAGUAUGUCCAGGAAAAGUGCCGAAAACAAAGUCAAACGUUACGACACGCUGAGGAAACAGCACUCCAUUGGGUGAAUGGAGCUGCAUAGUUGUAUAACAGUUGUUAAGUCUUUCAGUAAAAUAUGCUAAAAUGAAAUAUUGUUACUCUAUUUGAAGAAAUUUUGCAAGUGUCAAACUUACUAAAUUCUCAUUAAAUAAAUGUUAACAAUUCUGUACCUCACAAACUGGAAAAGGUCAUGCACUCCAAGAAUUUAAUCAAAGUGCGUCGUUAACAGCUAAAUGAUCUUGUUUCUUGCACUGAUUUUAUAUAUUUGUGUUCAACUGAAGAGGGACUGUUGUUAGAAAUAGUAUCUCAAAUGUAUUGUCUAAAUUAACCUUUCUCUUUCUGAACAUUUAAAAUACAGCUGUGAAUUUACUCUUGAAAUGCAUUGCUACGUUUAAGUAUUAACUUACAGGUUAAUUCAGCCAAAACUCUGUAAAAUAUUCCAUUGUAAUAUAUGCAUUACUUACUUUUAAUUAUCAAAGCAUGCACUUGAGAAAAUCUUGUCAUUUGUUUCUUAAGCAUUAUGAUGAAUUCUCACCCAGCUAACUAAAAGACCGUGAGUGUGAAAGAUACCAUUUUUGGUUAAUGCAAAUGAAUUUUUCUUGGUUAUAUAAAUAACCUAUUAUUUAUGUUCAAAUCACAUUUUGUUGCCAAUUUUAUUUUUAUAAUAUUUCAAUUAUGUAUUUAUGUUGCGCAUGUUGCAAAAUAAAAUGUUUCAUUAUUAUUUGAAUUUGAAGUCUGAAAUAAAAUACUUAGAUUUUUGA